CGAGAGGAAGCCUGCAGCGGACUCGCCACGCUGAACAGAUCCAUCUGUGGUUCUUUCCUUCUUUCUCUGUCCCUGCUACACACCAAGAUCAGGAUUCCAUCAGGUGUUUGUAGCACUGAUUCCCUCUAAGAAACUCUUCAGGGCCCUGAACCCUCCUGUUAAACACGCCACCAAUCAUCACUGGAGACUCCCACCACCUAGACAGGAGUAAGGAGUGACCCCCUCCUCUCUGGUUCAGAUGGCAGACGGUCGGCAGCCUGAGGGCAGAGCCCCCCAGUGGUCAUCUCCAAGUGCCCAGGGCUCAUCCUCCCCUGGUGGACACGGAGAAAACGGCUUCUCCUCCUAUAGGGCGUGCCAGCUUGGUGGUGCCCACGCUGGUUCUACCACUUCCUACUCCAAAGAGAAUGGCUUUAACGGAGACCUAACCUCUGGACAUGCUGUGACUGCAGAGCAAGUGUCAGCACGGAUCGUGCAGGAAGUUACGGCUGAAGCAGUAGCAGUACUAAAGGGAGAGCAGGAGCAGCAUCCGGAUACUGCCGUCAGGCUGCCCUCAGGUAGGAAGGCAGUGGAGGACUCUGCAAACCUGCCACCCUCUCCUCCUCCAUCCCCAGCAGCAGAGCAUUUCGGGCCUUUGGAGCAAGAUGUAGGGGAUGAGGAGGAAGCAGGUCCUCUCCGCUGCUUCCAAAAUUCUCGCGAGAGGUGCAAGUUCCUCGCCCCCUCCAUCUCAGUGUCUGUGCCUGAGGAUGACCCGUACCACUCUGAUGAGGAAUACUAUGAGCACCCUUUAUUCAGCCCAGAAUGGACACGCUCUGGCUCUCGCCCCCCAGGGCAGGCCGCUGCGUUUAGACAGAUCGAAGAAGAGGAGACCAUAGAGAGUCUCUCAGCUGCGGAGGAGGAAGAGGAGGAGACUUCAGAAGCUGCAGCAACAGCAGCAGCUCUAGAGGAACAGGAUGAGGAGGAGGAGUGGAGUGGGGAUGACCCUGAGAAGGAACCCCCAUUUGAGCUCCUAGAGCGGGCAGAGGUCAUUGGCGAGACCCAAGCUCUGCCCGGCCUGCAGGCUGAGGCUGAGCUUCACACACAGGCAGCUACUGCUGCCAACGAGGCCCCUAAUGGGAGAGCUGAGGAGGCAGGGGGGCAAGAAAGCCCUGCAGAAGCUGUGAAGAUGGAAGCUGAGAGGCCAGAGAGUGAGAGGACAGAUCCCAUUGGCAUGGACUUCACAGAAUCUUCAAUGCAACUAGAUGAUCCCCCGUCUUACCAAAGCCUUGCCAGAGACAUAGAUAUACCAGAAAGCCCCUUUGAUCGAACAUGCCCCAUGCAGGAUUUUGAAGUGCCUCCAAGUGGCCAGAGUCACGCCAAAGAACCUUGUGAGUCUUCAACUCAAAAGCCUGAUGGACAAAGUGUUGUUGUGGUUCAACCUUCAACUGAAACACAUGACUCUAUCAAUAUACAUGAGGUAAAAUCAGGGCAGGAACAAGACAAAAAAAUAAAAAUAGCUGCCACAGCAAAACCUGAUAAAAAAGAAGGGGACGUGAAGGACAAAUCUGGAAUGUCUGCUUAUUUUGAGACCACUACAAUUAAGACAGAUGCUAACAGGUCUCAAGGGGAAGGGUAUUAUGAGCUGAGUGUUACAUCAGAAGAGCAAAAGGACUCUGUUGGUAACCUACCACUUCCUGAAAUAAGCUACAGCAUUCUGGCUCAAACACACUCUUUGGAAGCCAUGACAGAUCUAAAAGAUACAGCAGAAACACUGAAGACCACAUCACCUGUAGACAGAAAAGAUGAUUGUAGGCUAUCUCCUGGAAAACUGGCUCUAGAGCAAAGAAGUUACUCUUUGAAUAUCACCAUUGGGGCAAUGGAUCACGGUGAAACCCAAGGACAUCCCAGAAACCUUUCUCCAUUAGCCACUGACAUCAUUUCUCACACCAGUGGGAGCCUUGAUGAAUCUGAUGAUUACCUUCCUGUCACCACUCCUUCAGUGGAAAAGAUCCUGCAAUUUCCACCUCUGAUCCUUGAGACUGCUUCCUCUGCCACAGCUCAAUCAUCUACACCUCCCCCGGUGACACUUAGUGAUGUAAAGACAAGUCCACAGGCAGAGUCUCCAGAAUCACCUGUCCCUGCUAAGUUCUAUUACAAAAAUGGCACUGUCAUGGCCCCAGACCUGCCUGAAAUGCUGGACCUGGCAGGCACCCGAUCAAGGCUGACAUCAGAAAACACAGACCCAGAGAUUAUGAGGAGAAAGUCCGUCCCUAUAGACAUGUCUUCUCUUGUGUGUGAUUCUUUAGCACAUUUGUUCAAAGGUGAUCAGAGUCAGAUGGCUGCAAAGAGAGAGAUACAAAUGGAGGAGCAUGGAUAUUGUGUCUUUAGUGAAUAUUCUGGUCCUAUGCCAUCUCCUGCAGAUGUGCACAGUCCAAUGGAUUCUUCUCCUCACAUAUUCAACACUGUGAUAGAAGAGAAGGACACUGGUUCUGUUACAGGUGGACAGGAGUGCAUAUUGACUGAGGAUCUGAAAACAACGGAGGUUGUUGCACCACAGGCAAAACUAGAUGAAGAAAAUUACAGAGAGGAAGAUUCCUUUGAAAGAGAAAGUACAGCUGAGACUAAAAAAGGUGAGUUUGAUCUUUUAUCAGGAGACCUCAAGAGUGAAACUUUACCUGACAAUGAGAAAGGACAGUUAGACAUACAAGCCGAAACCUUUAUCACACCGAAGGUGACUGUUACCCUAGACGAUGCAAAGCCUGAUCUUGAUGCAGGUGCUAAACUUGCAGCUGAAACAGAAGCUGAAAUAGCAGACUAUGAGAGACAAAUACGCAAAUUGGAGAUGGAGGACCGGCCUUUGAGUGUAGAGGAGGAAAGAGAGCUCCAGGAGCUCAGAGAGAAGGUGAAGAAUAAACCAGACCUUGUGCACCAAGAAGCUUAUGAGGAGGUGGACGCAGAAGAUGCGUACCAGCUCACUGGAGCUGCAAAGGACAGGAUUGCAAGGCCCAUUAGGCCAUCACCAGCAUCUUCAGUAGAAAGUGGCACAGAUGAGGAGAUGUUGACAAGACCAAAAUCACCAGCAGAGAAAGAGGCUCUUAAAACAGACCCUAAUAGAUUAUCUCCCGUUGGAUCUUUUGAGAAAUAUUUUAGAGAGGAGAGACCUUCUGAGCAGGAGGUAAAACAGAAAAAUAAAAGUUUUGAGGAGAAAGAUAAAACUGUGGACAAGAAAACUCUGCCAGCUCCAUCAAAGAAGGAAGAGGCUCAUUGUCCCACCAUAGUACCUCAAGGAGUAGAGGAGGAGAUGGAGAAAAAUAAAGCUGAGGAGGAGAAGCCUCAACCAGCUCCUUCAAAAGCAGAAGAGGCUUCUUGUGCCACCAGAGUAUCUCAAGGAUUAGAGGAGGGGGUAGAGCUUGCUGAGGAGCCUGAGGAGAUCAUGCCAGAAUCAAAACCAGCUCUGAUUCCAAAUCUGGAGGAGAAGCCAGUGGCAGAUAAAGCCAAACCAGCUGAGGUUGCAGUUGAAAUGGAGGAGGUUAAAAUAGUAGAGAAAGAAGAAGUGGAAGAAGAUGAAGCUUUGGAAGGGGCCAAGGCAGCAGAGGACAACUUUGAGCCUCGAGCUGCAAUUGAGUCUGUAGUAACAGUAAAAGAUGACUUUAUUACAGUGGUGCAGACCAUUGAUAAGCGGGAAUUCUCUGGACACAGUGUACGCUUCUCUGCCCCCUCUGAAGAGGAACCUCCACAACUCCUCCAAAAAGAGGAAGAAGAGGAUAUGGAAAUAGUACAAAAGGUAGAUAUGGAGGCUGCACGCUUGGGGGAAGCCCUAGAUGUCCCAAAACCUGUUGAACCUCCAGUAUGUCCAGUUAAGGAGAUAGAAGUACAAGAGAGUGAGGCCCCGACUCAAAGCUAUGAUGACUAUAAAGACGAAACUACCAUUGAUGACUCCAUCUUAGACAGUUCCUGGGUGGACACUCAAGAUGAUGAUAAGAGCAUGGCCACAGAGAAAAUUGAACCUCUGCCCAAAGUGAUGAGCCCUGUUAAGAAACCACCUGCAGAAAAAACAGUCAAACAGAGGACUAAAGGUGGCAGAACCAAAGGACGAAUUACUACCCCUGAACGCAAACCUGUUCGCAAGGAGCCCCUACCCAUCCAUAAGGAAGAGCUGAAGAAGAAAAAAGCUGUGAUUAAGAAGGCUGAGCUCACAAAAAAAUCUGAUAUUCAGACGUGCUCUCCUUCCCGUAAGAGUGUUUUAAAGACUACCAUAAGGCACCCUAGACCAACCCAACACCAUGCGUGUGUUAAGCGGAAACCCACAGUUUCUGCGGAUGGGCGACUGCCGUUCAGUGUGGCUAGGCACUCUAGAGAUCGGACCUCCAACCCUACAACACUAACAAAGAUCCCAUGCACCUCUAAAAUGCGGGCAGCGGCCUUGGUGCCAGUCCGGCCAAACUCUGCCAACUAUAAAAAGAGCCCAUUGGUUGAGACAGAUCUUUAUGAGCUCCGCCCUUCUUCAGCGGGCACACAAGAAUCACUAAACAUACAUGUAGUGAAGGAUGCUGGUUCUCGGAGCCCGGAAAAGAGGUCAUCCCUGCCACGGCCAGCAUCCAUCCUUACUCGCCGUUCACACACAGCUGAGCAUGAGGAGAGUUCAACCUCCAUAACCAGCUCUGGGUCCACAGCACCACGCAGGCCCACAUCAUUCCGUACUGAAGUCAAAGCUGAGCACAGGACAGGCAGGUCUGCUAGCAUGACAGGCACAGCCCGCAGUGGCACCUCCACACCUCGCACACCCGGCUCCACGGCCAUCACCCCUGGUACCCCUCCCAGCUACUCCUGCCGUACCCCGGGUACACCUCGCACUCCAGGCACCCCCAAAUCUCUCAGCCUGCUGUCCCAGGAGAAGAAAGUGGCCAUCAUCCGCACACCUCCAAAAUCCCCUGCGACAACACCCAAACAGCUGCGCAUCCUUAACCAGCCGCUGCCUGACCUCAAGAACGUCAAAUCCAAGAUCGGCUCCAUUGACAACAUCAAGUACCAGCCCAAGGGAGGGCAGGUGCACAUUUCAACUAAGAAGAUUAAUCUUAGUCAUGUGACCUCCAAGUGUGGAUCUUUGGACAAUAUCCGCCACAGGCCAGGGGGUGGCCAUGUGCGCAUUGAGAGUGUGAAGCUGGACUUCAGAGAAAAAGCCCAUGCAAAGGUGGGCUCCCUGGAUAAUGCUCACCAUGUUCCUGGAGGAGGCCAAGUACAGAUCGAAAGCCAUAAGCUGGCAUUCCGGGACUCUGCCAAAGCACGUGUGGAUCAUGGGGCAGAGAUUGUGAUUGAGACGCUCGGGCUGUCGGGAGGCACCUCUCCUCACCGGCACAGCCACAUGUCUUCGUCUGGGAGCAUCAACAUGCUCGAUUCUCCACAGCUGGACACGCUGGCUGAGGAUGUGACUGCCGCCCUGGCCAAACAGGGCUUGUGAAUCCCCCACCACAUCCCCAAUGUCUAGCAACAAUGUUCAAUUUCCCCUCUGCUCAAUCUACCUAGUUCUAGUACCCCAUCAGUGAUUUAAUGGUUGCACCCCAUUUAUGCAAGACAUUGCAAUUUAACUUCCCAUUCACACCUCUACUCACUCUUCCCUCUUUAUCAGUCAACAAUCUCACAGAACCCUAUUGUGAUCUAAACUCGGAAAGAAAUUAUUAUCUGUUAAUUUUUGGUUAAUUUUAUUGAAUAAUGACUUGGCUAAAGAGCACCCUGUGCUUUUUAUUACCCAUGUUAUAUGUUUGACUUUUUAUGGUGUGUACAGACAGUGGCCUCAAAGGCUGGACUAGGGUCAGCUUCAGGUGUAUUGCGUGAAGUCGGUUGGCAGGACCAGGAAUCGGAAAUAUUUUCUACAUGAGAAUGUAGUACGAUGUUUCCAUGCUGUGCGUGUUUCUUUUGUCCGUUCAGUGCAUGGACUCGAAAAUACACAUUUCCACUGCAAACAAAACAUACAAUAUAAGGUAAUAUAUUUAAAAAUCUACCAGCUAUUUGUCUCAACAUCUCAUGCUCAAUUGAAAAGAAAAAAAUAUUACUCCUUCGAUAACUUAUAUCUGUACAAUUGCAUUAUUAAAAGGAAACCUAGAUAGUAUGACGAGCAUGUAUUCAAGUGCACAAAAGAGGCUAUUUUCUAUUUCAAGUGAUUUUAAUAAGUUAUUUGCUGAAACAUUGGAUCAAAUGAGCACUUCAUGUUUUUGUAGAUACUAGCAACGUCGUUAAGCUUAAGUACAUUAUUUUAGAUGACUGCACCGACAUUGCCCAUGGGUCCAUUGUCCACCCCUGCCUUUGCUUUUGUAAGAAAAGUGGAUCUUUUUUGGAACAGAUUAAGCAGGUUUGUGCUUUAAAUUACACAUGAUGGCUAUAUCACAAACAGUAUUACUUUAAAGGUGCUGUUAGCGAUGUUUUUCAUGAAACGACUCACUGAAAGUUCCCCUAUUACCUGACAGAUAUUACUGAAAUAUUAUAAGUGUCUUGAAAAAUCACACCUGUCUCUGGAAACAGUGGGGGAAAAUGAGAACAUAGGCCGCUGUCAGAUUAUUUGUUUAGCCAAUCAGGAGACUUUGAGGCACUUUCUGCCUGUCAAUCAUUUAGCAUGUUCUCAGAGCAGCCCAGAGCACCAUAUGGGCAGCAUGAAGCUGAGAGUAUGGUACAUUCAAGUUAACCCAUAUUCCGCUUCAUAAGCAGUGUUGGGUUUUCAAGUUGUUAGUUUGUCGUGCGACAAAUCUAUUUUGCAACAAAUGCUUUUGGCAAUGCUGAGAUAAUGCGCUGCAGCUCUCCAGCUCCAUUUCUGACCACAACAGUAUCACUGGUCAUAUUAGAGCAAGUUAGAGUGUCUAAUUCUGUAACAAAGACUGGUGGAAAUGUAAGCGUAAGCGUAGUUCUAGCAGGAAGAUCUCGGGCAUCUCAUCCAGUCACAGCUGCCUCUCAUUGUUCACAUAUCUCCGUGUUUUCAUCCCACAUCCCACAACAUCUCCACCAGUUUAGGCCCCCUCCUGGGCGGGGGUAAUGGGGCUUACGCCAAAUGAUAGAAGUAUACUUCCAUUCGCAUUUAUUCCAAAAAUCUCAAGUCUUUCUGAUAGAAGACUUUUCCAGACUGGCUAGCAUGGCUUACAGCAUCUUUAAACAAAGGAACAAAAGAAGGACAAGUUUAUGAGUCAUGGAGUUUUGUUCAAAUGCAGCCAUGUGUCUGGGUGUAACAGCUCUAGAUCUGCUGUCUUGAAGUGUGAACCACGUAUGGCCUCUUUUAGAGGCAAGAUGACAAUAGACCCACUUGGUUUGUGGCUGUCUGAGCGAGAUGGGUGGUGCUGUGGGCCUAAUUUAUUCUUUAACGUAGGGAGCAGCUACUCGGGACUUUGUUGGUGAGUCAUAGGCCCUGUGUUUGUCUGCUGAAUUCUACUUGGAUGCUUAGGUUUCUUUUUAUUUGUGUGAGUGAACUUAAGAGGCGGAGCUUAAAACAAACGUAAAAAAAAAAGGAUACUCACUCAGCUUGCAUUUCUUUGAACAUAGUACUUCAGUAUACUUUUACUCUCGUCAUUUGUGGUUCUACUCCCUUUUCCAUAGAAACAGCUGUCAUUUGUAGGCUUCUGUGUUUCUCUGCCCCCUCGAGUCUUACCCACCCUUCCCUUAUUCCCAAAGCUGCUGUAAAUGUAUUAAAAGGUCGCAUAGAUGUACGCAGUUUUUUUUCUCCUGUUGGUAUGAUACAAAUUAUAAAUGCCCUUAACAGUUAUGACAAUAAAAAUACAGAAAA